AGUCUAGAGACAAAACAAUAGUGCUUCCGGUCAAAAAAAGGAAGAAACAGAGACGCUGUUUUAAAAUUUAAUUCUUAACGAAAAAAUAAAAAUUAAAAAAAAAUAAUUUUUAUAUUGUAUAUAUAAGUUUUUUAGUCUGUGAUUUAACGCAAGUCGCUAGGACUCACACCGAUCUUUAUUCAGCAAUUCUUCUCUCUUUUCAACGAGUUCCUAAUUACGAGUAAGUAUUUACAUCUUCUUUUAACUAAAACAAUGAUGAAAUCGAUAGUAAUUGAUAAAAAGAAAUCAUGAAAAAUAGCGUUUGAGUAGUAUACAAUUAAAGAAUAUGAAUAUUUCAUUAGAGCAUUCGAAUUUGAGGAGUCUAUAUUAGAGAUCAAUUAACGAAUCUUCUGCGUUUCAUCAUACAGAAAAUGCAACUCAUUUAGAAUAUUCAUCUCUGAAUCGUAAAUUCAUUCUAACUGUCUAGCUAACUUUAACAACUAAGAAGUUUUGGUACAAAUUGUUUCAAAUAACAUUGAAAGCGCCCUCUAUAGGCUUAUGGUUUUAUUGCAGUAAUCACUUUAAUAUAUUCUAGGGUAGGUAAAGUACAAACUCUUGUGACUGUUAAAGAUGUAAUGUACAUUGGAAUAGUGUUAAAAUUACAUUCCAUAAUUACAUCACAGAACAUUUUCUUUCAGUGUGAAAGUACCAAGUUAAUCUCUUUUUUGAGGAGUUUACAUAUUCGUAAUGAGUUUUGGAGCCGAAAUUAUACCGGAUGGUUAUCCUUUAGUAAAAGAUGAUGGAUUGGAAACAGCAGAAUUUGUUCGAGUACAUUCAAUAAUUGUUGAUGGAAGUGAUCAUCUUGGAGUAACAAGUCUUCGAUUUGAUGAUCAUGAAGAACUCGUAUGGAUGGGAAAUCAAUGCGGUCAUGUCACAAGCUACUAUGGCCCAGAGAUGAAUAAAUAUACGUCUUUUCAAGUUCACGAUACUCUUCAUGAUGUUAGAGUUUAUCAAAAAACAGGAAGAUGCUUAUUAAAUUUAGCAAGUGCAGAAUUGAAUGAUAUGCUAUGCGCAUUACCUACGGGAGUUUCAACUGUUUUGUUCGGUGGACACCAUCCGCACCUUUUAGAAUACGACAUCGAAACUGGACAAUGCGUAAGAUUAUUAAAGGAAAUUGAAGGAGGAUGUGCACUUAUGAGAAGAUCAAGUCAGUAUGUUUGCUGCGGGAAUCCCAACGGCCAAGUUGUUUUUAGAGAUCCAACAACUUUAAAUGUUGUUACUACUUUCGAUGCUCAUAGUGGUUGUCUGAGUGAUUUUGACGUACACGGCAACCAAUUAGUAACAUGUGGAUUUUCCACAAGGCCCAACACCCUCACAGUUGAUAGAUUUCUUAAGGUAUACGACUUGAGAAUGAAUAGAUCUCUCGCUCCUAUUCCUGUCGCUCUCGAUCCAAUAUUUCUUCGAUUUGUUCCAACCUUUGCUGAUAGAAUAUGCGUUGUGUCACAAGCCGGACAAUUUCAAGUAAUGGAACAGGCGUCCAUUGAAACUUUGCCAACUUUUCAUCAAAUAAACAAUCAAACAAGCAGCAUAUCAGCUUUCGAUAUUAGCUCUAAUUAUCAAAAUCUAAUAUUCGGUGAUCAAGCUGGUUAUUUACAUUUAUUCACUUCGGCGAAUUCCGGUGAACGAUAUCCGUAUAAUGCAAAUUCCAUUGAGACUGAAUUAGCUGUGCCUGUGGAUAAAACGCAACAACCCUACUUACCUGUAAGCAGUGAAUUGACAUCUUUAGCGUACAUCCCAAUGGAAUGGCCGGCGCCAAAUGUUGAAUUACUUUCCCAAUGGCCUUAUGAUUGGACUGAACGGAUCUAUAGAAAACCUCUCCCACUGGACCCCGAACUGUUAAGAUCAAUCAAAAGUGGACAAGGUAUUAGUUAUGCCCCAAAGCCUAAAAACAUGAAGCGUAAUCAAGUUCCAUACAAGUUGAAAACAUCAUCAAAAUUGGAUGAUAAUCGAAGAAACAGAACGACAAGUAUACAAGAAGAAGAAUCUCUUAUACCAAAAUGUUACAGAAAAGUGGAAAUUAAAUAUUCGAAAUUGGGUGUUGAAGACUUUGACUUUUCGGUUUAUAACCGAACAAAAUUUGCUGGUCUUGAAGCUUUUACAGCGAAUUCUUACUGCAAUGUUCUAUUGCAAACUUUAUAUUUUAUUGAUCCUUUUCGUAAGGCAAUUAAGAGUCAUCUAUGUUCGAAGGAACACUGCCUAUCUUGCGAAUUGGGCUUUCUUUUCCAUAUGCAAGAUAUACAGGAGGGAAAUACCUGCCAACCUAUGAAUUUUCUUAGAGCAUUUAGAUCUUUGCCAGAAGCCGCAGCCCUGAAAAUAGUCUUAUCUGGAGAUGAUCCACCCCCCAACGCUGUUAGAUUAAUACAGAGUUUUCAUCGUUUUUGUUUGACUCAUCUGCACGCUGAAUUAGUAACUGCACUUAGAGAGCAAAAGCUUUCCGGAAGUUCACGUAAAAGAUCUAUUGCUCAGCAAGUAGAGCUUCUUAAGCAGUCAAGUGUUGACGAAAAUAACAUUGAAUUGAGAGAUGAGGACUCAACUAUUAUUACCGAGCUAUUUGGUAGCGAAUUGCAUAAUCUAUUCACUUGUAAAUGUGGCUUAGAAUCAGAUAAGGAUAGAAGAUCUUUCUUUUUCGAUCUUACUUAUCCUAAUUCUGUUGCUGGACCAAAAGAUAUCAAGAGCAGUUUUGCUGAUGUACUCAAGGCUAGUGUUCAAAUUGAACAGACAACAACAACUUGGUGUUCAAAUUGUAGUAAAUAUCAACCUCAUAGGCAGAGAUGUUUAUUUGUCAAGAAUAUAAGCGACGUUUUGGCUUUAAAUUGCCAUUCGGAAAGUCAGAAAGAUUAUGAGUUCUGGGAAACACAGCAUAAGCUACUAAAAAUGGAAACAAAGGUUGAUGAAGAGCUGAAAUACAAUCGUCCAGCUUGUAGAUAUGGAAAUUCAUGUGUUCGAAGAGAUUGCAAAUUUCGACAUGAUGAAAGAAGUAAGGGAGCUUCGAAAUUUGGUGAAAUGGAGCAAGGUGAAAGUUGGAUUCCUUUGAGGUUACAGAUUCGCUUAAAUGAUGGAGAAUUAUUUGUUAACGAAAUACGAAACAAAGACGACAUAAAACAGGAGGAAGGAUGGAUUACGUACGACCUUCAUUCGAGCGUUUGUCAUAUAAAUGAUCACUUGAAAGGAGGUCAUUUUGUGAAUCAUGUUUUUGUUGGGAACUCUUAUAAUUUGGUCAAAGAGGGUAUUAAUGCUAGUCAAUGGCAUCUAUUUAACGAUUUUGCUAUAACUCCUGUCGAUGAAAAUGUAUCAACAUCUCUGGGACAUAAUUGGAAAAUUCCUUGUGUUCUUUAUUACAUUCGUUCGAAAGUUGAUGAGAUACAUAAAAUUGAAACAAAAAAUCCGAUCAGCUAUGAAGUUUUGCUUGAAAAUACAUCGCUGGUUAAUUUGGACAAACAAAAAAUCCUUGACUUUACGCCACUCGACGAAAGCGAGAUACCACAAGAAGGUGACAUUGUAGGCCUGGACGCUGAAUUUGUGACCUUAAAUCAGGAAGAAGCAGAAUUGAGAAGCGAUGGGACGAAAUCUACAAUCAAACCGUCCCAUAUGUCUGUUGCUAGAGUUACUUGUAUAAGAGGUCAAGGAGCAAUGAUGGAUGAACCAUUCAUUGAUGACUAUAUAUCAACUCAAGAGCAAGUUGUUGAUUAUUUGACACAAUUCUCUGGCAUUGAACCUGGAGAUUUGAACGUUGCCUCUUCAAAAAAGCAUCUAACAACUCUAAAAUCAACUUAUCUGAAAUUGAGAUACUUGAUAGAUAUAGGAGUGAAAUUUGUCGGUCAUGGAUUAAAGAAAGAUUUUCGUGUUAUCAAUCUGAUUGUACCAAAAGAUCAAGUUAUCGAUACUGUUGAACUCUUCUACCUUCCUAGACAGAGAAUGCUAUCUUUGAAAUUUUUAGCCUGGUUCUUCUUAGGUAUAAAUAUUCAAUCGUCAGUGCACGAUUCCAUAGAAGAUGCUAGAACUGCUUUGAAAUUGUAUAGAAAAUAUUUGGAAUUAUCGAAGGACGGACCUGAAAAGUUUAAGGAUAUAUUACAACAGUUGUACGAUCAGGGUAGAACGCUUCAAUGGAAAGUUCCCGAAGAUUCUUCCCCACCCGCUUUGCGUUUAUAA